AUGGCUGUGGUUCAGUUUGGAAGUGAAGAUGAGUCGAACGUCUCGAAGCCACCAAAGCGCAUGCGAUGGGCAACUCAACGCCGUACCGGCCGCCAGGGCUCGAAAAAACGGACUUCUAUCAUGGACAAACUUCACCAGAGAGCAGGUUCUAAGGAUGAGAAGCGAAGGUCUAACGCCAGCAGCCUCCCAAAUGGCAGUGCGCCGUCUGAGGCUUCGGAUGAGGCGGAUAGACGACGGAUAUAUGUUAACGUACCGCCUCCUCCUCAUCAGAGAGAUGAGAAUGGCAAGUCGACGAUAACUUUUGGACGCAACAAGAUUCGGACGGCCAAGUAUACUCCUCUCAGUUUCGUCCCGAAGAACCUAUACUACCAAUUCCACAAUAUGGCAAACGUCUACUUCUUGUUCACCAUCAUCCUCAGUAUUUUCUCCUUUUUCGGUGCGUCAAACCCUGGCCUGGGAGCAGUGCCGUUGAUCUCCAUUGUCACGGUAACCGCAUUGAAAGACGGCAUCGAGGACUGGCGAAGGACCGUACUGGACAACGAUCUGAACAAUUCGCCCAUUCAUCGCCUAGUGGGCUGGAACAACGUCAAUUCUACCGAGGAUAAUGUAUCGCUAUGGCGUCGGAUUAAAAAGGCGACAACAAGGGGCAUACGACAGGCCUGGAAAUGGUUCAAACGCGUUAGAAAGGGCGAAAAGGCGGAACCCAAGCCUGUCGUGGAGGAUACGCCGCGAAUGUCUAUUGCUACCCAGAGACCAGAGUUCCGGAAUUCGACCUACUCCUACAGACCGUCCUACCAUGCGGACCGCUCUGGGAAUGAGAGUGAGGAUAUCCAGAUGACUCCUCUCCCAUCUCCAGGCGUCUAUGCAAAUGGGAAAUCCGAACAACCCGCCCCUCCUCCGUUCAACGGAGCUACGCAAAAUUCGCCUCCAUCAAAGUUCCACGGAAGUCUUAUCAAUAAAUCAUGGCAACCAAGCGGAUCCGCUAGAUUCAAGCGUGAUUACUGGAAGAAUGUAGAAGUGGGUGACUUUAUUCGAAUAUACAACGGAGAGCAGAUCCCCGCCGAUGUGGUAAUUCUGUCCACUUCAGAUCCAGACGGCGGUUGCUAUGUGGAAACUAAGAACCUCGACGGAGAGACGAACUUGAAAGUCAGACAAGCACUUCACUGUGGGCGUGCUGUCAAACAUGCGAGGGACUGCGAGCGAGCCCAGUUCGUGAUCGAGAGCGAGCAACCGCAUCCCAACCUUUAUCAAUAUAGCGGUACAAUCAAGUGGUCGCAAGCUAACCCUGAUUAUCCGGAUUCCCCUGAAAAGGAGAUGGUAGAAGCAAUCACCAUCAACAACGUCUUGCUUCGUGGCUGUAACUUGCGAAAUACGGAAUGGGUUCUUGCAGUUGUCAUCUUUACCGGCCUGCAAACGAAGAUUAUGCUCAAUACUGGUAUAAGCCCGCGGAAGACUGCUCGACUGGCAAAAGAUCUCAACUGGAAUGUUAUUUAUAACUUCAUCAUACUCUUCGCCAUGUGCCUUACGUCCGGUAUUGUCCAAGGAGCAACUUGGGCUCAGGGUAACAAUUCGUUAGAUUGGUUCGAAUUUGGAUCCUAUGGCGGCAAACCAAGUGUUGAUGGAAUCAUUACAUUCUGGGCAUCCCUUAUCCUGUUCCAGAAUUUGGUCCCGAUUUCGCUCUUUGUCUCACUCGAAAUCAUUCGUACGCUUCAGGCCGUCUUCAUUCAUAGUGAUACCUUUAUGUAUUAUGAAAGGCUGGAGUACCCUUGUACGCCAAAAUCUUGGAAUAUCUCUGAUGAUCUAGGCCAGAUCGAGUACAUCUUCUCUGACAAAACUGGAACAUUGACUCAAAAUAUCAUGGAGUUCAAGAAAUGCACGAUUAAUGGAGUCACAUAUGGCGAGGCCUACACGGAAGCGCAGGCUGGCAUGCAACGUAGACAGGGAAUCAAUGUGGAGGAAGUGGCCAGAAAAGCAAAGGCAGAAAUAGCAAAGUCUCGAGAUUCAAUGCUUAAGCAGCUCAGGGCGAUCCACGACAACCCAUACCUUCACGACGAUGAGCUAACGUUCGUGUCUUCAGCCUUCGUCUCUGAUCUCACCGGCUCAUCUGGGGAAGAACAAAAGAACGCUGUCACUAACUUUAUGAUUGCUCUCGCCUUAUGCCAUUCUGUUAUUACUGAACGUACCCCAGGUGACCCGCCUAGGAUCGAUUUCAAGGCUCAAUCCCCAGAUGAAGCCGCGCUUGUAGCUACUGCGCGAGAUUGUGGCUUCACUGUCCUGGGACGAUCUGGUGAUGAUAUCCGAUUAAACGUUAUGGGCGAGGAGCGACGAUACACUGUUCUAAACACUCUAGAGUUUAACUCCACCAGAAAGCGCAUGAGCGCCAUUAUUAGAAUGCCUGGUGGUAAAAUAAUAUUAUUCUGCAAGGGCGCUGACAGUAUAAUAUAUUCUCGACUUUCCCGUGGUAAGCAAGCUGAACUUAGGAAGAAUACUGCAAGCCAACUUGAAGUCUUUGCAAGGGAAGGUCUCCGAACGCUCUGCGUUGGGCAGCGCGUCCUCUCCGAAGAGGAGUACCAGAACUGGAAUAAGACCUAUGAGGACGCUGCCCAGGCCAUCCAUGACCGUGAUGAAAAGCUUGAGGAGGCAGCAAGUGCCAUCGAGCGAGAGCUCACCCUAAUCGGCGGAACCGCUAUUGAGGAUCGACUACAAGAUGGAGUUCCAGACACCAUUUCCUUGCUCGGCGCUGCAGGCAUUAAGCUGUGGGUUCUAACAGGAGACAAGGUUGAAACCGCUAUUAACAUCGGCUUCUCUUGCAACCUGCUAGCCAGCGAUAUGGAGCUAAUCAUCUUCAAUAUCGAUCCGGAUGACAUAGAUGCAGCUACUACGGAGCUAGAUAACCACCUAGCGAACUUCAAUCUCACAGGUUCGGAUGAGGAGCUUCUAGCGGCUCAAAAGAACCAUGAGCCUCCAGCUGCCACUCAUGCACUUGUCAUUGAUGGAGACACUCUUAAACUGAUGUUAAGUGAUAAACUAAAGCAAAAGUUCCUUCUGUUGUGCAAGCAAUGCAAAUCAGUCAUCUGUUGCCGAGUUAGCCCUGCCCAGAAGGCCCAGGUUGUUAAAAUGGUGAAGGAUGGCCUGAAAGUAAUGGCUCUCUCCGUCGGAGAUGGGGCCAACGAUGUUUCUAUGAUCCAAGAAGCUGAUGUCGGCGUUGGUAUUGCGGGCGAAGAAGGAAGACAAGCUGUCAUGUCAUCGGAUUAUGCUAUUGGACAGUUCCGGUUCUUGCAGCGCUUAAUUCUUGUGCAUGGACGAUGGUCGUAUCGUCGUCUGGCAGAGACCCUUGCGAAUUUCUUCUAUAAGAAUCUCGUCUGGACGUUCUCCCUCUUUUGGUAUUCCAUUUAUAACAACUUCGAUAGUUCGUACCUUUUUGAUGGCACAUACAUCAUCCUGGUCAACCUUGCGUUCACCUCGUUACCUGUUAUCUUAUUGGGUAUACUUGACCAGGACGUUGACGAUAAAGUGUCACUUGCGGUUCCACAACUUUACAAGACAGGUAUCGAGCAGAAGGAGUGGGGCCGCACGAAGUUCUGGCUCUACAUGCUGGAUGGACUAUAUCAGUCUGUAAUAUGCUUCUUUAUGACAUAUCUACUCUUCCGUCCGGGCCAAAACGUUAGCGAAAACGGCCUUGACCUCAGUGACCGCACUCGAAUGGGGGUUUAUGUCGCCUCUUGCGCAAUUGUAUGCAGCAACACCUACGUGUUACUUAAUACCUACCGUUGGGAUUGGUUGACUGUUCUGAUCAAUGUCGUGAGCUCGCUCCUUCUUUGGUUCUGGACCGGUGUAUACUCCGCCACGACAUCAUCGGGCCAAUUCUAUAAGGCCGGAUCUGAAGUGUACGGAAGUCUUUCAUUCUGGGCCCUUACCUUUGUGACUGUUGUCAUGUGCCUAGGACCACGAUUCACGAUCAAAUCAAUGCAAAAGAUCUAUGCUCCUCGUGAUGUCGACAUUGUCCGUGAACAAGUGACACUUGGAAAAUAUAAGUACCUAGAGAAAUAUGAGGCUUACGUUCCGCCAUCGCACACAUUCGCACAUGCCUCUGAAAAUAUGCAAGGUACGAAAGCAGCUCCAAAGCGAGAUCCGAAUCAGCCCGAAGAGGAACGUCCAAUAUAUCCCCCUUCUGUUGCGCCAACUGCAACGACCCACAACCCACGCAGCCAAAAUGGCAGUGACACAACUGCGUAUACGGCAAGCCUGGAUCUCCGACCCCCAGCUCACCAGUCGCUAGACCGAGAACGUGAACCACCGCGGGAACGUGUAAGGCCGUCGAUAGACCGAUGCAGAUCCUCGGUGGACCGAGUAAGGUCAAGUUUCGAGGCCAACAGCGACUUUACCUCUGCGGCGAUGUUAGCCCGGAUCGAAUCUAGCCAUAUUAGAGGCGACCCGAACGGCCAUCCUGCAAUACAAGAACACUAA